AUGGCUGCUGAGAAGCCGAAAUUCGACUUCAAAUGGGAUGCGAAAGAUGUCAAGCCGAAAUGGGAAGCUUUUUCCAAAUUCGGAGCGGCUACCGCCACGGAAAUGACCGGUAAAAAUUUCGACAAAUGGCUGAAGGAUGCCGGCGUUCUGGACCCGAAGGCAAUCACGACGACUAUGACCGGGAUCGCAUUCAGCAAAGUGACUGGGCCGAAGAAGAAAGCUACUUUCGAAGAGACCAAGAAAGUAUUAGCUACUGUUGCGGAGGACAGAGCUAAACAGGCGAAGACGGAUCCUCAAGCGGAGCUCGACGCGAUCUGCGAAAAACUGGCGCGUCUGGAAGCACCAACGCUCAAUUCCGCCGCGAAGUCCGAUGCUAAUGGAGUGUACAGCCGUCUGACCGAUCAUACGAAGUACACCGGUGCCCACAAAGAACGCUUCAACACAGACGGCACGGGCAAAGGAAAGGCCGGCCGGGUUGAAUUAGCCGACAACAGCGGAUAUGUUGGAGCAUACAAGAACAAAGACACCUACGAUAAGGUUCACGGCAAACAA